GCUUUCAAUUGAGAAAGGGGGGCAGGGCUGGUAUGGGAAUUGCGCAUACAACAACCUUUAUCUAGACUCGGUACCCAUCCUGCUGCCUUGCUGAGCCCCCAAGAGACUAACAAGAGAAUAUAAGCUGUACCACUGCUAGGCAAGAGUAAGACUGGUUAUAUAAUUGAAAAGUAUGUACCAAGACAACGGCACUCUUAUUACUGAGCCUGGAUUCAUCAAGGCCGUCCAAGUGACAGCUGGAAUCACUAGCAUUCUCUCAACACUGGGGGCAUCUCUCAUCAUAUUUAUAUACAUUGCAUUUCGUAAUCUACGAACAACAGCACGUCAAUUGUUAGUCAGCCUCAGCAUUGCUGAUAUCAUUGUUGCUAUAUCACAUUUUGUGGGGCUAUUCGCAAACUUUAAACGAUUCAUUUAUCAAUACAACAAUGAGACUUGGAACACAUCUACCACUGACCCACUGUGCAUUACCCAAGCUGCAUUUUCAAUGUUCGGAACACUUGCUUCUUUCCUACUGUCCCUAGCUAUCGGUGUGUAUCUAGUUGGGAUAUUGGUCUGGAAGAAGCCAAGAAGUUGGAAAAAGCUUUUUCCCAUUUUUUACAUAAUUUGCUGGGGAUUACCAGCUAUUGUGGUUAUUCCGAAUCUUGCCAAGCGUCUAUUUGGAUUUGCACUUGGAGCUAAUAUAGGAUGGUGCUUCAUUGCCCAACAAGUCGAUUCAUCUAACAGUGACUACGUGGACUAUGUUAUUACCGAGUAUCUGAGCUACGAAAUAUGGGUGUGCAUAGUCUUCAUUGCAUUGCCAGUGCUAUAUUUGACUGCUUUUAUUUACAUUCGUUGCAAGAGGCAGAGAAACAACUAUGAAAACAUAUCUUCUUCUAGUCUACCACAAGGAGGGGAUCUGAAGUUGCUAUUUGUACCAGUAGUAUUUCUAUUGCUCAGGAUAUGGAGUACUGUACUUGAUAAUAUUGUAUAUCAUACAACAGAUGAAGAAACCUGGUUAUAUUACCUGAACAGCCCCGGGAUUGCUGCUCUGGUUAUCAUAGCGGGAAUCGGAGACAAUGCACAGGGAUUGGUCAACGCUAUCUUGUUCUGUGCGCUCACUAAGCAAGUGAGACAGCAGCUCUUCUCCAAGCAGUAUUAUGUGAAUGUGUGUGGGCGUCACAAUAUACAGCCAAUAUCAGCAGUGGACGAGAACACACAGUGUAGCAAUGACAGGCACUUUUACGAUAACAAAUCAUCGAGUUAUGCACCUAGUGUUCAAUUUGUGGCAUCACACAGCAGUGCAUCAAUAACUAUAACUUAAAAAAAGCUUCUGAAUUUGAAGAUUUUGUGUGUUAAUUAGUGCUCUAUUUGUGUGCUCAAAUGUACGAUUUGCCAAUGUCUAAAAUGUACGUAUUGUACUGUUUAAUUCCCAAUGUACACCGAUGUAAUUGGAAAAGUUAAUAGGAAA